UUGAUCAUCCUCACUGAUCUCACUCCCAGCUCUGAUCAUCCUCACUGAUCUCACUCCCAGCUCUGAUCAUCCUCACUGAUCUCACUCCCAGCUCUUUAUCAUCCUCACUGAUCUCUCUCCCAGCUCUGUAUCAUCCUCACUGAUCUCACUCCCAGCUCUGAUUAUCCUCACUGAUCUCACUCCCAGCUCUGAUCAUCCUCACUGAUCUCACUCCCAGCUCUGAUCAUCCUCACUGAUCUCACUCCCAGCUCUUUAUCAUCCUCACUGAUCUCUCUCCCAGCUCUGAUCAUCCUCACUGAUCUCUCUCCCAGCUCUGAUCAUCCUCACUGAUCUCACUCCCAGCUCUUUAUCAUCCUCACUGAUCUCUCUCCCAGCUCUGAUCAUCCUCACUGAUCUCACUCCCAGCUCUUUAUCAUCCUCACUGAUCUCACUCCCAGCUCUUAUUGUCAUGCUAUUAGAAAACAUCGUGAAUACAGUGUUACACUACAGAAUGUGCUUUGAGAAUGUGCUCUCUCCCUGUUUAAUACAGACAAUGUUAAUUAAAUGGGUCUUUAUCAUAUAGUCAUUGCAAUUAAUAUUCAGAGUAUAAAUUUAGACUAACAGGUAAUAUUAACCAAAUCGAUAUUAAUGUCCAAAACAUUGUCAGUGUGAUAUAUAGGUACAUUUUACACUUUCAAAUGACUGUUAGGGAAUAAUUUGUAUUAAUAAAUGCAAUACAUUUUAAGAAAUGAUAUCAUUUUACAUCAUGUUUUACUUUUCUAUAUUGAUAUAGACCUGAUCGGGGAAAAACAAAUGAUGCUCGGUUGCGCUGGCUACAUCCUGAAAUUACAAUCUAACAAAUAAUGUCCUCCGAGUUUCUUCUUUGUCUUUUUCCUAUUGCUGCACACCACCGCGGAAUCGAUCACUCAAAAAAAAAAAAUACCUGGCUUUAGUCUCAGUGUUGUUUGUAGAAUAUUUAAAUAUAUUCCACGCUGUAGCAACCCGUUUUGCGUAGGAACUUCAUCACUUCGAAUGCAGCAGAAAUAGUCCACCCCUGUCUGGACCAUAUAAAUACCAGAGCAGACCGCUUGACAGUAAAGAGAGCACCCACUGACUGCAGCCACAGGGACAUUCUCAUUAGCUUCGGUCUUCGAGAGUUAUCGAGACUCCACAGAGAGAAAGAGAACAGUUUCCAGCAUAGCAUCAACCACAGGAACAUCUUUUCCGUUACUGUUCUUGAGGAGAAAUGUCUGAAGUUACCGUGCACCAGAUCUGCCAGCUGGGGUUCCUUACUUACUUGUUUCUGUUUUCUUACAUCUCGGUGACUACAUCAGUAAGCUUAGAUCUAACUGAACUGAGAAACAAAGUUGCAAAGAUUAACGUUAACCCGAGAGGAAACCUAUGGGCAACCGGCCAUUUCAUGGGUAAGAAGAGUGUUCUGGACAGCCCGGUACUUGACUCGCCUGACCAGCAGUCUGUGAACUCGCUCAGGGAGGCUCUGGAUCGCGACAUCAACGUGCAGGAGAUCUGGGAGCUGAUCACACAGGAGGUGCUGAAAAUCGCCCUGAAAGCGCAGCAGCAGGAUACUAGAGGGAAACUAGACGUAAACGAACAGGAGACUGGUUUAUUAAUGAAGAUACUGGAAAGCUACAUUCAAAACACCUGAAAGUGAUGGAAACCCCACCCUCCCCCAAUUCUUAUAUAUAUAUAU